AUGACACUGUCAACCGAGAUUCACACAUUCCACUCGGGCCGGCCUCAGCCAGAGUCCUCGUCCCGAUCCAAUACCUUCACUUCGGUCGAUCCAAGCACUUCGAAGCCUCUUGCGACCAUCUAUACUACCACACCCUCUCAACUGGAGGACACAAUUGCUGCUGCCCACGCGGCCUUUCCUGUCUGGUCGCAAACUCCUGCACCGCGCCGCGCUGCCAUACUCCUCAAGGCCGCGGCAAUCCUGCGCGAGCGCAACGAUGAAUUGGCCCUGACCGAGACGCUUGACACUGGAAAGGCGUGGUCAGAGACAUCUACCGUUGAUGUCGUCACUGGUGCUGAUGUUCUCGAAUACUAUGCCCACAUGGCUGCUGGCAGCUUUCCGGGUCAGAACACUCGUCUCCGUGCCGACGCCUUCGUCCUUACCACCCAUGAGCCUCUCGGCGUUUGCGCCGGUAUCGGUGCCUGGAACUACCCCAUUCAGAUCGCCCUUUGGAAGUCUGCGCCAUGCCUUGCUGCUGGCAACUGCAUGGUCUACAAGCCCAGUGAAGUCACUCCUCUGCAUGCCAACACACUAGCCCAGAUUUACAUCGAGGCAGGUGUACCACCAGGUGUCUUCAACGUCGUCUACGGCGACGGUCCUGCAGUCGGAGCUCCCCUUGUCGCACACAGUGGUAUUGCGAAGGUGAGCUUCACUGGCCAGGUCAGCACCGGCAGCAAGGUCGCUGGCCAGGCGGCCGGAGACAUGAAGGGCAUCACCAUGGAGCUCGGUGGAAAGAGUCCACUUGUGAUCCUCCCUGAUGCCGAUGUGGACGAAGCUGCCGAUACUGCCAUGGUUGCCAACUUCUUCUCCACGGGCCAGGUCUGCACCAAUGGCACUCGAGUCUUCGUUCCUGAUACCCUGUUGAGCCGCAUCGAGCAGGCUCUCAUCCAGCGGGCCCGAGAAGGAAUCCGGAUGGGCCUUCCACGAGACGAGAAGACAAACUUUGGCCCCAUGGUCAGUGCUGCCCAGCAAGAGAAGGUCAAGAUAUACAUUGAGCAUGGCCGGUCUGUUGACAAAGCCAAGGUGCUCUAUGAUGGAUCAACAGAUGCCCAGAGUGUACUCCCGACGGCGGAUGGAUUCUGGGUGCCCCCGGUCAUCUUUACCAACUGCACAGACGAGAUGCGAGUGGUUCGUGAAGAGAUCUUUGGUCCAGUCAUGUGUAUCUUGCCCUACAAGACCCAGGGACGAGCUCGUGAGGAAUGGCUACCAGAGCUGGUCCGCCGCGCCAAUGACACUCCAAUGGGACUGGCUGCGGGUGUCGUGUCUUCUGACGUCGGACUGGCCCAGGAGGUAAUCCAGAAGCUCGACGCUGGCAUCACAUGGAUCAACACGUGGGGUGAAUCCCCUGCAGAGAUGCCAGUGGGUGGUUGGAAGAUGAGCGGAAUUGGGUUAGAGAAUGGCCACGAGGGCAUUCAAGCAUAUAUGAGAACAAAGAGCACUCUGGUGCAGCUAGGGAAAGGCGCAUGCAAGGGUGUUUUCUCUAAGCUAUAA